UCUGUAUGUUUAUUAGUGUUUGAUUUGAAUUGUUUCUUGUGUUGCAGGUUUUAGUAUCUGAUGAAAUGAGUAGUGAAACAACUUCGCCCGUAAAGAGUUCACCGGAAACCAGCCAGAGUAACGUAAAGACUUGUGUUGAUUGUGGUACCUCGAAAACACCUCUUUGGAGAGGUGGACCUGCUGGUCCUAAGUCGCUAUGCAACGCAUGUGGGAUCAAAAGCCGGAAAAAGAGGAGAGCGCUUCUGGGGUUAGACAAAGAAGACAAGAAAUCAAAGAAAUCAGUGUCAUCUGGACAUAAAAGCGUUGGACUACAACACCAAUCGAACCAAACUAGUGACGGUAGCAGCAGCAGUGAAGAUAGCGGAAGCAAUAAUUUCGUGAAGAACAUUGUUUCUUCUUCAUUGAAAAAGAAACUAUUGCCUUUUGGUAGAGAAGAAGUAGUUCUGCAGAAACCACGAUCGAGAUCUACUCAGAAGAGGAAGUUGGGAGAAGUAGAACAAGCUGCAUUCUUGUUGAUGGCUCUUUCUUGUGGCUCGUUUUAUAAUCAGCGAAGAACGAAAAUGGAAAAGGCAAGAAGGAACGACAAGUGUUGUGGUACUCUUGGCAGUAAAACUAGUACUUUGUUGGUUGGUUGAGCGUGUUGGGAUCGCGAUCAAGAAUUUGAUUCACUUCACGAACUUGAUCUCUAUGAAUCUGAGACUAUUGAGUGUUAGAUAGAAUGAGCAGAAUGAGAGCUUAAUCAAGUUGACAGCUCUAUGUUUUCAUUUCAUUAAUUUUAUAAUGCUAUUUUAGUUCA